GACGAACAAAUCCGUCGUAUAAAAGCGAUUAAGAACGAUUUGAAGUUGACAUUCGUGUACGCGCGCUCGGUUUCGAUCAUUCGAUGCUCUCUUCGUCAGGUAUGCCAACAGUCGUGAGUGACGUACUCUUUCCGAAAUACUCUGCACGCUUCGCACUCUUUCGUAUGUUUAUAACCUCUAAGCUGAUCGAAGUUGAACAAGUGGAUUAUGAAAAUUUAACGUUUAUUCGAUGAUUCAUAAUGAGUGAAAAUUUGGAAAACAUUAAUCCGAAGCUCUACAAAAAAUUAGAUGACCGAGAAGUUACAGCCGAAGAGCAAGAUGACGAUGUUGCGGACGAAUUUGAUUCACGUGAAAUUUUUGAUAUAAUUAGAAAUAUUAAUGAUCCCGAGCAUCCGUUAACUUUAGAGGAGUUAAAUGUAGUGGAGCAGAAUCUCAUUGAGGUUGACAACAAAAAGAACAAAGUGGAUGUGAAAUUUACACCUACAAUUCCGCACUGCAGUAUGGCCACUCUGAUAGGAUUGUCCAUUCGUGUGCAACUGUUGCGUGCUUUACCUGCUAGGUUCAAGGUUAGCGUGGAAAUUUCUCCUGGCACUCAUGUCUCCGAAGCGGCAGUGAACAAGCAGCUUGCAGACAAGGAACGAGUUGCUGCGGCUUUAGAGAAUUCUAUGCUACUUGGUGUGAUCAAUCAGUGUUUGGCACCAAAAAACUAACAAGUCAUAUAAAUUAUGAGAAUUUCAACUAUUUAAACCGUCCUCAUAAUUUUAUUAUUAUGUACAUAUGUUACCAAGUAGUUUCCAUAUUUCUGUUUGAACAAUGAAUAAAGGUUGGUAUUCAUUAGUUGAUUUUAAUAUUUAAAAUUGUUUUAAGUGCAGCAUACUUACCAUAUUAAAAGAAAGAAAAGUAUGUCGCUAUGUUGGAAGUUUUGAAUAAAUUAAAAAGGAAUAGAAAAAAGAUUGAAGUGUAAAGAAGAAAAAAAGACAAAAGAAUUAUAAAAUUAGACAAGAGUGUGAAACAGUUGAGACUUAGAAUAAAAUUGCAAAGAAAAAAAAACAUUGAAAAGUUUGAGAAUCUUUUUGUGCAAAAAUGCAUAAGAUUAGACAAAAUAUCAACAUUAUGUAAAAUUUAAUUUAUAUUUUGUCAUUUUAACAAUUUUUAUUCCAGGAUACAAGUUAUUUUAUAAAUUUUAUUGUUUGGAAUAUUUUCAAAGAAGUUACCAAUAUAUUUGUUCCCAUAUUGAUUUGUUUGAAAAGAUAAGAGGACACAUAUUCUACAAUCCCACGAUCUUAAAAUAAAAACGGAUUACAAAUAUCUGACAAACAAUUUGCUAAAAUUCUUUAAGAAUUGAUAUCGUACAACUGCUGUGAAUAGUGUGAAUAAUGAGUCUUAAUUUUUGAAAGAAAUAGCGUGUAUAAUAUUACUUAAUAUAGAAAUUUAUCAGUAAUAUUGACAUAAUAAAAUUUCUUUGUUGUAAAUUUACUUUGUAUUUACUUUAUAAGAUUACAAUGUACAGUUCACUUCAUAAAUAAAUUUGAAUAAAGAUUUUA